AUGGCAGCUGCCGUUCACGCACCAGCCAUCUUGGGCCAACACAUGGGCUACGACACGUACGGCAACGGUGGCAUGUCGGUGCUCGAGGACUCGGAAGACGGUGACCACCACGCCUUGGAAGACGACAUGGAAGACUACUAUUCCCAGCACCACUAUCAGCAGCAACAGCAGAUUCAGCAGCAGCAGCUGCAGUACCACCAGUACCAUCAUGACGACGACGACGACGUGGAUGGAGACAUGGACGACGACGACAUGUACUCGGACGAGAGCUCGGAGGAAAGCAUCCUGCCAGACGAGAACAUUGACUUUUCGUUGAUAUACGCGCUUCACACCUUCCUUGCUACCGUCGAGGGCCAAGCGUCGGUCGUCAAGGGCGACUCACUACUGCUCCUCGACGACGUGAACUCGUACUGGUGGCUUGUGCGCGUCCUCAAGACGGAAGAUGUGGGCUACAUCCCUGCCGAGAACGUUGAGACGCCAUACGAGCGCCUGGCGCGUUUGAACAAGCACCGCAACAUUGACAUUGCCGCCCCAACAAGAGAGGAGGCAGCCGCAGGAGAGCAGGUGCGCGAAAAUAAGCUCAAGAGUCUCAUCGGGUGGAAGAGCCGCGCCGCAAGGCAAGAAGCUGCCGCCGCCGACGACGAUGUUGUCGAGGAGCGUGAGGGCCGCCGCGUCAUCUUUGCGCCCCCAACAUAUGUCGACCACCCAGGCAACACCUGGAGCUCGGACGAGGAGGACGAGGAUGACGACGAACGCGACCUCGAAGAGCACGAGGGCGUAGAGGGCCAGCUCGACCACCACCUCCAGGACGCAGAGGGCUACGAGAUUGAGCCCGACGACGGCGUCGAGUGGGCCCAGGAUGCCGUCGAGGCGAUUCGUACCGCAGGUCACGAGUCGGACGACGAAGAGCAUGACAUCGACCCGCGUAUCCAGGCGCACGAAGACGCCUCACGCGACGAGGUCGAGACGACUGAGAGCCAAAUCUCACGGUCGGAGAGCCUCGAUCCCAGCACUGCUCUUGCUGCUGGUGCCGCCGCUGGCCUUGUCGGUGUCGACGCAGCCGCAGUUGCGACCUCGGGCGGCAUUGCGCCCCCAGACCGCUCCCCGUCACCAGCCCACCAACACGGCGCGCUCGCUCGCACCAACCCCACCCCUCCCCCUCACCGCGCUCCCGCCCUUACCCCGGACAAUGCCACGACCCCCAGCCCCGAACCACCGACCCGCGACGAACCCGUCACGCCACCGCCCGCAGUAUCCACCUCGUCCGUUGCGACGCCCGUCUCGUCGGAGCGUCCCUACACUCCUUCAACGCCGACCCAAACGACCCCCACCAACCCUUCCCCCACUAAAUCUCUCGCACGCUCAACCCCGUCUGUGGUCGCCUCCACACUGCCACCACGCCAGGCCCGCAAGUCUGUGUUGUGGACCGAGGAAGCGUUUGACAUUUCGCUGCUCAGUGCGCUCGUUCGCGCCCGCGCCGACGAAGAGCGCCGCACACGACGUGCACCGCGUCCGGUUGAGGCCGACGCCGUGCAAAAGACAUAUUACGGCGAGAAGCUUGCGCUGGACGCACUCCAGCCUGAAGUCCGCGCAUCCUACGUCCAUCUGCAGGCCAAGAUGGACGCCUUUGACCGCGACGUCGACGACCUCCUCGGCAUGCUCGUCGAGGCUCAUACCAGAGCCUGA